AUGCGCGAUGGAAGAAUCAGUACUAUCGGACACCAAUGCUUUCACAAGGACACAUCAUGGUCAAUUCACAAAACAUUGAUGGAAACAGAGUGCGAGGGCAUUCAGUGGGAGGAAGGGCUGAUCUAUGAUUACUAUGUCGGUCCUGAACAUGACCCCGAGGUAUUCGACUUGUUCGUCCAGUGGUUGUACACUCAGGAAUAUCGCGAGGAACAAGGCCUGGUACAAGGCUUUGAUUUCAAGGACUUGCAAAUCGUUACUCUUCCACACCGCGGCCUUGGACCCGAAAACCCACUGGAUUGGGGCAUCAAGGCAGCCAUCGCAUGCUGGGAACUAGGCGCCAGCUUACGCGCGAAAAAUUUCCAGAAUUACGCCAUAAAGCGUCUCCUCGAAGCCUUCGGCCGACCGCUCUCCCAGCCACUGGCGUCAACGUUAUUCACACACACGGUCUCCUUUCGCAAGGAACACUUGUCGGGCGCGAUCUCGAAGCCACAGCAAAUGAUCCAAGAUAUCAUCGUUCGCAAUUGGGGUGACGACAGGAUCAUUGACCACAGUCCCACUCAAGGCUGGUCACAGACCAUCGGCAGUUGUCACGACUUCCGCGAUGCUUUCUUUGAAGUAACGAGACAGACGCUGGCCAAGAGGCGUGAGAAGGGGCUGAGUUUAGCAGACUCUCUUAUCCACUAG